AUGAACGCCGAGCUCAGCGAAGACCACCCGUUUGUAUUGGAGCUGACUAGUCUGCAUAACACCGCAGCACGUUUUCAGCAUGAAGCACAUAUAGCCGCCGUCAAGCUCCAGAGACAUUCACUGGAUACCUCCCAUACCCUCGAACGCAUACAUAUUCUGGAACGUGAAAAUGCGCACCUUACAGAGGAAAUCACCUUAUUGCGCGCCCAUCCAGAUAUAACGCCCCAUCCAGCUUCUCUGCAGGUGCAAGAACUUACACUUGCUUUGAGACGCGUUUCCGACAAGCUUGACCUCGCAGAGGAUGCCUUACUUACGCGGACAGCUGAGCUGGCCUCUGUCCGAAGUGAUCUAGUAAAAGCAGCUCAAGAUGUCGAAGGAGCGUUUGAGCUAGCUGCUCGCAUGCGUGCCAGAGAAGAGGAGAGCAAGGUACGAGAAAGGGAUCUCGAAAUAAAGGCCCGAGCCGCAGAGGAGGAGCGAAAAAUGGCUGAUCUCGUUGUCCAAGAGUAUGCAGACCUGGUGAGGUCUAUAGAAGGCAGACCGGGCUCAAACUCAUCUCUCCCUUCCUCCCUCCACGCCCUCCACACCAAUGGCUUAGCUCACAGUUCAUCUUCUAAUGUGACUCUAGUGGACAGUCUCCACGAAGGCAAGUCUGGUCUGCAUAAACUGUUGACAGAAUUCAAUAGCGAGACCGAGAAACUGGAAGCUGUAAUCAGCCAACUGCAAGGGAAAGUAUCCGUUUUGGAAACGAAACUAGAAUCAGAACAGAAAACUUCCAAACGUGAUCGCUUCCUACUUUCUCAUGCUCAAACAGAGCUGGAUAAAGCUCGAAUGGACGAUAACACGGCGGCGAAAAUGGUCUCCCGUUACAUGAAAUUUUCUCAGUCGUCUACUGAUGCGCUUCAAAAGGCAAUGGAGGCUCUCAGGGCCCGACAUGCAGGCACUGUCAACACUCUCAGCGCCCAGAUUAACCAGUUAGAGCAUUCUUUAGGUGUGGAACGACGCCAAGCGGGUAGGCUACGUGAUGCACUGGAUGAGCUGUCCUUCGACAUUGCCCGUGAAACGUACGGUCGCAGACGUGAGAUAUCGCUGCGUCUGGCACUCCUUGCCCGCGAGGAAAGUAUCACCGAAGGGCUGCGUCGUUGGUCCCGCAGGGCUCAGGAGUUAUUCGAGCGCUCUACUUCAGGCCAGGAUGGCGAGAUUACUCUGCGUUCUUCCUUCGAGCGGGCUGUACAGGAUGCCGAAGGCUUAUUAGACGCGCUCGAUGGCGGGGAAUUUUCGCUUGAUGGCUGUUCUGCUGGUGCACUUGCACGAGUUGUAGCGGCCCGAGAUGCCGUGUCAGCACUCACCCACGAGCUGCAGGCAGAAACAGAGAGGCGAAUGGAGCUAGAGAAACAAGUUGGACAUUUGCUUCUGGUAGCGCCUCCUACUUCUCCUCCUAUAGCUCCUGAGUUAGUGCCGUCACUGCAUUCACCUAUUUCUCGAUCCGACUCAGGAGCAAGGAUAUCUUCCUCUGCUACGCUGAUCAAUGACCCACCGAGCCCAUCGCCUCAAUCCGCAACCCUGCCUCAAGAUCUCUCCAUGAAUGGCAUUUUUGCUGAGCCGUCCAACAGCAAUGGUACGGGUCUUCAUUUCCAAGAAACUCAAGCACCUGUGCGUGACAAAUCCUCAGUGCCUGAGGAAUCGCCUUACUCCGGAAGUGCUCAUGUUACUGGCUCUCCUGAUGACCUCACGAACCUACGACAUUCACCUGUCUUUGGGCAAAACACACAGACGUUGCCCAUGCCUUCACCUUCACGGCCCAUACCAGAAAAAGACUGCAAGGAUAAUAUACCUGAACUACAAAUGGCCGAAGUGAACCCUCCACCGAACGAACUACUUAGUCCAUUAACUCCUAGGUCACAGGCUGUUCACAUAUUGCGCCCUGAAGAUGAACCAUCUCAAUCUAUCGGUGAUCUCUCUGUAGUCGAUAUCGUGGAAGAUGCCCCCUCGUCUGCUUCAUCUCUGCUAUAUUUACCAUCUCAAACAGGGGAUGAGGAGCUUAGUUCCGAGUUGGAGUCUUCUCUUGACAAUAUAUCAUGUCUCAUAUCGUCACUUGCCCAAGUACAAGUUCGCUACGAUACCUUUCAACGUGCCUUCCGCGAUUGCCAUCUUGCCCUCAAAGACCUGAAGCGCUCUCUGUUGCCGUUAACCGAACAUUUAACCGAACCAAACACGUCUUCGGCGCUUGAAAGGGUCAUCGAGCGCCUCGAUGAUUUCAACGAAGACACGCGAGUUGAGCUGGAGAUCCGCAUUGCGGAUGAAGAACUUGUGGCACAUGGAUUUGAAACCCUUCUCGCCGUACCAGGCGCCAUAGCCGACGCUACUGAGCGUACCCAAGUCGAGCAAAACCUCACUGCCUUUGUGGACGGUACCGAUCCUGCUGUAGAUAGAGCGAUGCAUCGGUUUUCUCGCAAACUCGACGAUCUGCAGCACGACAUAGCGGCAGUCAAACGUGUUGUGCACGAAUUGCCCACUGUAGAUUCGAUGCUCAGUCCAGCUGCAGCUGCUGAAAGCCCUUCGAAAACGUCCUCGAACUGGUCUUCCUGGACUGCUGGCUUGCUGGGCGCUGGUGCGCCCCGCCCAUCCAGUCCUGCGCCUACUUUUGGGUCGGUUAUGACGUCUCCACGACUAAGGCACUCGCCAUCUUUCACGCGACAUCAAACAUCUUUACAUAGGUCGUCUGGAGAUAGCUCAGACCCACUUGCUAAUUUGGGACUGCGAAUACCUAUGCCUUCACUUGCCAUGUCAGUUCCACCAUCUUCUUCGCCUGUAGGUUUGGGAAUUGGAUAUUCUCCGGCUAGGGCCGGUUCUCGCCCCCGGACGUUGUCUGGGAUGUACAUGUUAGGUCUGGGGUCGAGGAGCACGUCACUGACUGCUUCGCCGUCAGCUGCUAAAAGCACAAGUCCCACUUCGCAACGCCAGCCUACGUUGCAUCAAAUGAAUGAAACUGUGGCGGUAGGAAAUGGGGCAGAAGAGCAGGAUAGUGGGAGUGACGUUGAGUAG